AUGGUUUUUAUGAAAGGCGUUCAGUUGCUGCACCGAGCGGGAGGAUCCUUCCAGAAGUCGUCCGUGUCGCUACUUUUCCAAGCUUCUCACGGCUGUGCUUUCCCCAUCUUGCCUGCACCCGCGUCCGUGCGACCGUCCUCGCUGCCUCGCAAGCACUCCACCCUCUCGUCCACAAAUUCCGCUCUUAACGCCAAAGCGGAUCAUCUCUCGAUCCGCGCAAGUCCUCUCAUGCUUCGCCACGCGCGCUCUCGCGGCCUCGCCAGGCUCCCGCCGCCCACGCGCGGCGGCGCGGCGAUAUGCGGCAGUCACAGCGCUGGUGGGUUGUCGCAGCGCACAUUCACGCGCCGAUCGCCAUUGCGCUACGAGAGCCCGCCUCGCACGGCGCUCGGCCGCAUGGCCGCAGCAGCAAGGCGGCAGUGCAUUGACUCUAUUGUCCUCCCCGCUCCUGCCAUCGCUCCCACACGCUUCGCCCUGCGUCCCUCGCUUGUCGGCGACGGAUGCGCGACGGGCGCACCAUCAGGCGGGCAGGAGAUUCAACGGGACGCGCGCACGCAUGUCUCGUCCACGCAAGUCGCGAGCAGCCACGUCGCAGCAGCGGAGGUGCUGUGGAGAGCAGAGCGGUCAGGGGCGGUGUGUGGCGGUGAACGGGCGGCAGCAUGCAGCCACGCGGCAGCUGAGGGCGCAGAGAGGGCGGGCGGCACGCGUGGCGCCGCGCCCCAACCCCUCCACACGCCAUCCCUUCUCCGCGAUUCCCCCCGCCUCACUCCACUGAGUCCCGCCCAUUCCCGUAGCGUGCACUGCAACCUCCACCGCGUGUUUCACGCCGCCCCUCACUGCCUCUCAGCUCGCGCCGCUCCAUUCGCCGCUUCCAAUCCACUCGAAUCAGCCACUGCCACGUGGCAGCGCAGCUCGCUCUUUCACCGUGCCUUCCACGCGUCAGGCGCCGCAGCAGCAGCGGCAGCAGCAGCGGGGGCAAGGGGGCGGGAUUACUAUGCGGUGUUGGGGGUGUCAAGGAAGGCAACGGCCGCCGAAAUCAAGAAGGCCUUCUAUGCGCUGGCGAAGAAGUACCACCCGGACGCCAACAAGGACGACCCCAAUGCAGCCAAGAAGUUCCAAGAAGUGCAGCAGGCGUACGAGGUGCUAAAGGAUGAUGAAAAGAGGGCCAUGUACGAUCAGGUUGGUCCGGAGGCGUUUGAAGGGGGAGCAGCUGGGGGACCAGGCGCAGGGGCGGGCGCUCAGGGCUUCGGCGGAUUCUCUGGCUUCGGAGGGCCGUCGGACUUUGAGGAGAUGCUGGGCGGCAUCUUUGGGCGCAUGGGCGGCAUGGGCGGCAUGGGUAUGGGCAUGGGCAUGGGGGCGGCGGGGCCGAGGGGCGGCGAGAGUGUGCAGAUGGCGGUGAGGCUGACGCUGAGGGAGGCUGUGGACGGCUGCUCGCGCCACCUCUCCUUCUCGGCUCCCGUGCGCUGCUCCUCCUGCAGCGGAUCAGGCAUGCCCAAGGGGUACCAGCCCACUCCAUGCAAGGCGUGCAAGGGCCAAGGCAUGGAGAUGCGGCGGAUGGGGGCGUCAGUGGUGAUGCAGACGUGCUCCUCCUGUGGCGGCCAGGGCGUCUUUGUCAAGGAGUGGUGCAAGACAUGUCAUGGGGAGGGCACAGUGAAGGAGAGGCGGGAAGUGGAUGUCUCCAUUCCAGCAGGGGUGGACUCGGGAGUGACUCUGAGGGUGCCGGGGCAGGGAGGCGCAGGGGGGAAAGGGGCGCCACCUGGGGACCUGCUGCUGAACAUUCAGGUGGAGGAGGACGCGGUGUUCAAGAGGGACGGCAACGACAUCCACGUCGACCUGCACGUCUCCUUCCCCCAGGCGUGUCUGGGAGCAUCAGUGCCGGUGCCAACACUCUCCGGGGAGGUCAUCCUUAAGAUCAAGCCGGGCACGCAGCCAGGCCAGGUGCUCCAGCUGCGCGAUAAAGGAGUGCGAUCGGCCACGAGUCGCCGAGUGGGGAGUCAGUUUGUGCACGUCAAUGUCGCCGUGCCCACCCUUGCACCCGCUCCCACCACUGAUCCUCUCGCACUGCCUGUGCCCUGGCCAUUCAUCCCACCAUGA